CUGUCAGAAAAAUAAAUAACCGCAGAAUCUCUCCAAAACUCCGCAUAAUAUCACCAACUCCAUUUCCCGAGCUUCCUUUCCAUCUCUCCUCUUCUUUUUCUCGCCGUAAAGUUUAUACCUUUAACGGUAUCCGCCAUAAUCGACAGGGAGACUGGGUCCUCUCAUGACCGAUUACCGUCUCAACGGGUCAACCAACGGCACAACGGCGUCGAUUAAUCUGUGGACCGCCGCCGACGACUCAUCGGUGAUGGAAACCUUCAUCGGCUCUGAUCACUCUUCUCCCUGGCCACCUGCUCCUCCUCCGCAGCAAUUAUCCGGCGACGGUGGGCAUCCCCAACAGCCGCCGACGGCGGCGGCGCAGUCGCAGUUCAACGAGACUCUCCAGCAGCGGCUCCAGGCCUUGAUCGAAGGCGCGCCAGAGACCUGGACCUACGCGAUUUUCUGGCAGCUGUCGUACGACUUCGACGCUGCCGGCGGAACGGCCUUGCUCGGAUGGGGUGAUGGGUACUACAAAGGAGAAGAGGAUAAGGGGAAGAGCAACAUACGUUGUUCUCCGGAGAGUGCGGCUGAGCAGGAGCACCGUAAGAGGGUUAUACGGGAGCUAAACGCCCUGAUUUCCGGCGGAGCCGUGGCUGGAGCUUCCGAAGAUGCCGGAGACGAGGAAGUCACCGACACAGAGUGGUUCUUCUUGGUGUCGAUGACUCAGAGCUUUCUGAACGGAACUGGAUUUCCGGGACAAGCGUUCUUAAACUCGCGUACGAUCUGGCUUUCCGGGUCGGAUGUGCUCGCCGGGUCGGGUUGUGAGCGAGCCCGACAGGGUCAAAUCUACGGGUUGCAUACGCUGGUGUGUAUUCCGUCGGAAAACGGCGUUGUGGAGCUGGGGUCGACGGAGGUGAUUCAACAGAGCUCGGAUCUGAUGGAAAAGGUCAAUACUUUGUUCAAUUUCAACAGCGGUGGUAGCGAAGCGGGUUCUUGGGCGUUCAAUCUGAACCCGGAUCAGGGAGAAAACGAUCCGGCUUUUUGGAUCAGCGAGCCCACCACCGGAAUCGAAUCGGGUAACAUGGCUCCGACGGCGGCGAUCAAUAACGGUAAUUCCAACUCUCAUCAAUUGACCAAGCCUGGACAGUUUGAGAACGGCAGCUCGGUGGAGAACCCUAGGCAGAAUCCACAGGGUUCGUCUGUAGAUCGAGAUUUGAAUGUCUCGAGUUCAGGGCUGGAUCAAAACGGAAACUAUUCAGAUGGGUCGCGGCCGAAAUCGGGCGAGAUUCUGAGUUUCUGCGGGAACAAGAACGGGAAUGGAGGCGGGUUGUCGGGUAAAACCCGUAUUGUGGCGGGAGAGAACAAAAAGAAGAGAUCUCCGGUGUCAAAGAGAAGUAACAACGAGGAAGGGAUACUUUCUUUCACAAGCGGCGCUGCUCUUCCCUCCUCCGCGGCAAAAUCCGGCGACUCGGACCACUCUGAUGUAGAAGCUUCGGUGUACAAGGAAGCAGACAGUGGUAGAGUAGUGGAACCGGAGAAGAAGCCGAGAAAACGAGGACGAAAACCGGCCAACGGUAGAGAAGAGCCGCUGAAUCACGUAGAGGCGGAGAGACAGAGAAGAGAGAAGCUCAACCAGAGGUUCUAUUCCUUGAGAGCAUUGGUCCCUAACGUGUCCAAGAUGGACAAGGCGUCCCUUCUGGGAGACGCCAUAUCAUACAUCAAUGAGCUGAAGUCCAAGGUGCAAAAGGCCGAAUUCGAUAAAGGGGAGCUGCAGAAGCAGCUAAGGGAGCUACGGAAGGGAGUCUCGGGGAAAGACCAAAAGGGUCUGAAUCAAGAUUCGGGUCCGUCCGUAGAAACGGAAAUUGACGUGAAGAUCAUAGGUUGGGACGUGAUGAUACGGAUACAGUGCAGCAAGAAGAACCACCCGGGUGCUAAAUUCAUGGAAGCCCUCAAAGAGUUGGACUUGGAAGUGAACCAUGCCAGUCUCUCUGUGGUGAAUGAUUUCAUGAUCGAGCAAGCCACCGUGAAAAUGGGGAGCCGGUUUUUCACGCAGGAUCAGCUAAAGACGGCUCUAAUGGCAAAAGUCUCGUGAAACCCUCAAAAUCUCGUAGGAGAUGGUAAGUGGAAGCAGAUCAUAUCUCUAGAGGGUAAUAAUGCUUUGAUCUUUUCACAACAUCAUCUAAUGUAUAGUAGUUGUAAGUAUCCAUUUUGCAGUACCCGCUUGUUGUUCAUUAGGAGAGUUUCUAGUUCGGGUUUUAAUGGGGCAUUGAAUGAUGAUCUCGGAUCUUAGUGAACGAAGCCUUUGGUUGUGUUCUGUUGCCCCUCUCUAGUAAUUAAUUAGUGUAACUACGUGUGAAUCGGUAUGGCUUUUUAGGAAGAAUAAACAACUUAUGUGGUGAAAUC